AUGGUCUCCUAUUCCAGCUGGAAUGGUAAAAGGAUGCAUGCCAAUGGUGAUCUUAUUACUGGAUACCUCAAGAACAAGCUUAAUUUCAAGGGUUUUGUUAUCUCAGAUUGGGAAGGAAUCGACCGAAUUACUUCCCCUCCUCAUUCCAACUACACUUACUCUGUCCUGGCUAGCGUCUUAGCUGGCAUUGACAUGGUGAUGGUCCCUAAUAACUACAAAGAGUUCAUUAAUGAUCUCACAUAUCUGGUGAAGAACAACUUCAUCCCAAUGGAACGUAUUGAUGAUGCUGUGAGCAGAAUUUUACGAGUCAAAUUUACAAUGGGACUGUUUGAGAACCCUCUUGCAGAUUUCAGUCUAGUUAACGAGGUUGGAAGCCAGGCACACAGAGACAUAGCAAGAGAGGCAGUAAGGAAAUCGCUAGUGCUUUUGAAGAAUGGGAAAAGGACAGAUGAACCAAUGCUACCACUCCCCAAGAUGUCAUCAAAGGUUUUGGUUGCUGGAAGUCAUGCUGAUAAUCUGGGCUACCAAUGUGGUGGUUGGACAAUCGGUUGGCAAGGAUUUAGCGGGAAUCAAAACACCACAGGAACAACUAUCCUAAACGGAAUCAAAUCUGCUAUUGACCCCACCUCCGAUGUCACUUACAAUGAGAAUCCCAACACUGAAUUCAUUAAAUCAAAUAACUUCUCUUACGCCAUAGUCAUCGUUGGUGAACAUCCUUACACCGAAAUGUUUGGAGAUAGUUCAAACCUGACAAUCGCGGAUCCCGGUCCAAGUGUCAUCACAAAUGUUUGCAGCCAAAUAAAGUGCGUUGUCGUCAUCAUAUCCGGUCGCCCGGUUGUGAUCGAACCGUAUAUGUCUGCAAUCGAUGCUUUGGUUGCCGCUUGGUUACCUGGCACCGAAGGCCAAGGUGUGGCGGAUGUUCUUUUCGGUGACCAUGAGUUCACCGGAAAACUUCCCAGAACUUGGUUUAGAACUGUAGACCAACUCCCAAUGAACAUAGGAGAUCUGCAUUAUGAUCCCCUCUUCCCCUUUGGAUUUGGACUCACAACAAAAUCAGUUAUCGACAGGUCAAUAUCUAGUGGGGCCAUUGGAACACCAUCUGUAGCUGUGGUUUUGGGUUUGGUGGUUAUCGGUUUUUGUUUAUCGCAAAGGCUCAAGCAUCGAGGAAACAAAAAAUAUGAGUUUAUCCAAGGUGAAGGUCAAGAGAUGGUCGGAGUCGGAGGGAGCCUUCAUCGUUGAAGCACUUCCACUUCACCUCGUCGGAAAAUCUGAAUGGGUGGGGUUGAGACUUGGGCUGUCUAAGCCUACUUGGUAUAUUUUAUCUCGACUGGAGCUCCCCAAACCAAAAAGCUCAUUUAUUGGUCCUAGCGGCAGCGCAAUUAAAUAUUUUAUGGGUUAUUCAUUUUGAAUUGGAGACCCGACCCAUUUUCAUGAUCUAGUUUCUUCUUCUUGGGAUCUCAAUGGGCUUUUCUAGACUGAUUUACUUCUUGUUUGUUGUAUUUAUUGCUACAUUAUUCAAAUAUAAAACGCCGAUGUCUGCUUGCUUUCCUUGAUAACCAGAAAGGUUGCUAGAAGGAAGCGAGGGCCGAGGGCCGAGGUCAUCAUCAACAAACAAACAAACACUAGUUAGGGCUAGAACACCUUCGGUGCAACUCUCACGUCAGAUGCUGAGACGUUUGGUGGUUUCCGGUCAUGAUACAUAAACUUGUAUACAUUGAUGAUCUUUUUAUGACAUAGGCAUCAUAAUUCAUUGAUGACAAAAUGGGGAAAAUGGUUAUGUGGUUUGUCAUUCUACAUGGCUAGGGGUUCUAUUGUUUCAAAAUUGCAAAUUUCAUAUUUUUUAACUGGUGUCGUAGAUUUGAUCCUGUUAAAACUAAAAACAUUUUUUUUA